AAACGGGCCUGUAAAUCCAUUGAAGUGAGUUUCACUUACGUACUUCCGAAGCUUUCUGCCAUUUUAUUUUGUCAAGGGUAUCCUCGAAGCGACCACUGGGAGACUAUCAGACAUGUUCAGGUUCGCUAAAGCCGCUCUGAAUCUUACAGGCAAAAGCUCACAGCAGGUUGCUGUGCGCAAUGCCUCAGACGUCAGUUCGGAUUUCCACGCCAAGUACGGCACCCCUCUCAUCGCCGCCGGAGCAGUGUUCUGUGUUUCAGUCUGGACAUAUGUGGUGACAUGCACUGGCAUCACAUGGAACCUGUCUCCAGUCGGCAAGGUGGAGCCUAAACCAUGGAGGGAGGAGUAAAGUGAUCCUCUCCACCGUCUUUCCACCUCUGUCUGUCCCCGCUUUUACCUAAAGAUGUACAUCUCUAAAUUGUUGUAAGCAGUAUGGCGUGUGUAAUAAAUGACUUCCAAUCUGAA